AUGGUGCACAGCGAUUCCGACGAUGAUACGUGGAUGAAAUACCGAUCGAAGGAGGAGGUUCAAGAAGCAGCAAAGAACGAUGACCCCGAUAACAAUGUAAUAGAACCUCCCACGAAAAGUUUGUACCGUAAGUUGGCCUGGUCGGCGGUAACAAGGCUCUACUCGGGCAAAGUAGGCAUUAUGCGCUAUAUAAAGAGAAAGGUACCACUCUUCCCGGAAGCGCUUGCAGCGGCUAAACGACUCGCCGAUACGCCCGAGUUCCAGGAAGCGAAAAAUAUUAAAGUGGACAUCGACAAGCCCCAGGAAGCGGUAAAGAUCAUGGUGCUGAAGGCGAACAAAACUUUGUUCGUUACACCGAGGCAUAAGUCCGAAUGCCUAUACGCGAAGAUCGAGGGAUCAGAAAAUCUAGAGGAGAUUGACCUUGCGGAUACGCGAGGCAUCGUAAAGUUGUUGGCCGGCAAGGACACAUACCAGGAAAUCGCUAUCGAUCAGGCCGAACCACUGGACAUGAUUGUGGUCGGAUGCGUUGCUGUGUCGCAACGUGGCCAGCGCAUUGGCAAGGGCAACGGGUACGUGGAUUUGAGCAUUGCCGUACUGCACACCCUGGGAUUAAUAACACGGGAAACCGUGAUCGCCACUACCGUGGCUGACAAACAAGUGUUCCCUGAAUUUCCGACGGAGCUGUUCCAAGACUAUGACUUUACCGUCGACCUUAUCGUCACGCCAACGCGUGUGAUUCGUGUCGAUCCGCGGCCGGAGCAGCGCACGAUCGGUGUUCAGUGGGGUCUGCUUUCCUCUCGUCGAUUGGCAGUGAUGCGAGUGCUGAAGCCGCUGAAAAAGCAUCUCGAGGACAUGGGAAAGAAGAUUGAGCUAAAGGAAGAGGAUACGGAUGUCGAGAGCUUCGCUGUUCGUCGUUCGAACGUUGGCGGUCGGGCUCGAAAGAAGUUUAUCUCGAAAUCUUUCAAGUAUCCAAAAUAUAAUCGUGGCGAUGAUGAUGCUGAACCCGAACCGCGCACAAGCUACGAUCGCGGGGGUGCCGGGGACGCCAAUCCCGCACAGCGUUCGACUGGUAAUGGCGGCGGCGGCGGCGGUGGGAUGUCACAGCGACGAAAGCGUCCGUUCAGGGGUGGUCGGAUGCGUCCCACGAACAACAAGUCUGGCGGUGGCGAGAACGCGCCCAAUAACGGUGGCCGUGUGCGGCAACAGAAACCUUCAUCCCGGCCACCGCGGCAGCUUAAGCCUCAGCUGCAGGAUGGCGUCCGUAUCCGAGUGUCAAACAUGUUCUCCGUGCCGUUCAAGGAGUUCAAAGAGGAGCUACGCAACCGGGACUGCUAUCCGGCUAAAAUUAACCAAAACCGCAACGGCCGGUGUGUCCUAAUCUUUCCGAAGCGGGAUGAUGCGGAAGAACAGGUGCAGGUGGACGAGCUGCUACAGAAGCUGGCAGAUAUGCGCAUCUCGGUGCCGCAGAAGAACAGUACCGAGUUGAAGCAGGUCAAGCUCAAGUGUGAGCUGCAGCCGAAGUCCCGCGAAUUCGAUGAAAAUGAUGCAACCUCAGUCACAUCUGCUGCAAACCGGGCCGCCAAGAAAGCUGCCGAAGUUUGCACCAAGCUGGCAAAUAACACCGACAAUACCGCCGCAACGGACAAGGAUCCUGACGCGAACACAAACGCCGCCGCGCACCUCAACCUGCUGGUGGAGUUGGCGGCGGAAGUGAAUGCCGCAACACUGUUGGCGGCUCGGGCGGCGAAGGCGGCCGAAGCGAUCGCGCAGAAGGUCCUGCAGGAAGUGAAACCCUCAACCGAGACUGCUAACAAGGAAAGCAAGGAAGAAAACAAGGAGGAGGUGGAGCACACCGCCAAACUGGUCGCCCAGAUCGAGACACUGACAAAGGCGGGCGCGGAAGCCCUUGCCGCUGGCACGAAAGCCGAAGCGGCUGCCGCCGCCAACGCAACUAACAGCACCAACACCACCACCAGCACCACCGACGGCGAUGCUCCCGUAACAGAAUCUGCCGGCUCGAAGAAGGAAGGGAUCACCGCUAUGAACGACGCGAUUCAGGAGGCUGCCCGUGCGACAGCGGCCGUAUCUUUCGCUGUCGCGACACUGUACGAGAUCAUCCCAACGGCUCCGGCGCAGCAAACCGUCGCAGUGGCUUCGAUUCAAACGCUUACGCGUUUAUUCGGUGCCCUUCUGCCGAAGGUUUAA